CUCUUAGACACUGAGUAUUUCUGCUGCCACCGAAACCGACCUGACGACGUGGCUCCCUAUUGUGAUAGUGAACAGUAGCAGACGCCAUGAUUGAGUCUAUUCUGCUCGUGAGUCGUCAGGGCAAGACGCGCCUGGCUAAAUGGUACCUGAACGCGUCGAUCAAGGAGAAGACGCGCAUGAUCCGCGACAUCACGUCGCUGGUGCUCUCUCGCCCUCACAAACAGUGCAACUUUAUCGAGUUUAAGGAGAAGAAGAUUGUCUACAAGAGAUACGCGAGUUUGUACUUCAUUGCGUGCAUCUCCAAGGACGAGAACGAGCUCAUCACGCUCGAAGCCAUUCACCUGUUUGUGGAGGUGCUCGACCGCUACUUCGGCAACGUGUGUGAGCUGGAUAUUAUCUUCAACUUCCACAAGGUACAGGCUGCAAGAAGUUUUUGAUGACUAUGUGGAGAGCUUAAUGGGUUUUAUUUGUAUUUAUUGCAGGCGUAUUACAUUCUGGACGAGCUCUUCAUCGGCGGCUACCAGCAGGAGUCGAGCAAGAAGGAGAUUCUGCGCAUCUGCACGCAACAGGAAGACUACAUGGACGAGUCCAAGGAGGAAGGUUUCGCGCGUCCUCGUACGGGUACCCGCUAGUCGAUUUGAUCCACUUUUUCGGCGGGCUUAGUUGUUCUUGGUAGUAACUGUCAGCCACUUUACAUGAACGUCAUUUUCUAUAUCUUGAAAAAAUGCCAAAUGUCCGGAAGAAAUGCCGACUAACUUACGUAAUUCACGCUGCAAUUUAUCAACUCC